AAUAUCACAGCCAUGAAUCUAUCCCAAACUACAACCAUUCUUUCUCAAGAUGGCGGCCCAACUGGUUCCUCUCAGAGACGUUGAAAGGCUGAGUACAAGCGUGAUUCGAAUCCUGGGUGGAAAUCCCGGCAAGGUGAGUCCAAGAACUCCGGUUACCUUCACGUGGAUACAUUGGGCUGAUAAAUCUUAAUAGUUUACCCUACAAGGUAAGACAGCCUUGCCGGUGGAGGCCUUCAUGUGUAACUUUAAUUGACAUGACACUAGGUACAAACACCUACUUGGUUGGCACUGGGAGAACGCGACUUCUCAUCGAUACCGGGGAUGGAAAACCGGCCUGGAUAGCCUCAUUGAAAGCCACGCUUCAAAAAGAAGAUGCUGUGAUCGGGGAAGCGGUGAUUACACACUGGCACCACGAUCACGUUGGCGGUAUCAAACACCUGUUGGAGAUAUCACCACAAACCAUCGUUUACAAAAACACGCCAAGCGAUGGACAGAAAAACAUUGAAGACGGCCAGCGAUUUCAUGUCGAGGGAGCCACUCUAAAGUCAAUUUUCAGUCCUGGCCAUACCGCCGACCAUAUGGCACUGAUUCUCGAAGAAGAAGAUGCCAUGUUCACGGGAGACAACGUGCUAGGUCACGGAACAGCCGCCUUUGAAGACCUAUCUACCUAUCUCAACAGCUUAGAGAAGAUGAGGAAUGUGUUCCAAGGGCGUGCUUAUCCAGGACAUGGUGAAGUGAUUGAUGAAGGACCAAAAAAAAUAUUGGAAUACAUUAAGCAUCGACAACAACGCGAGGAUCAAGUGGUCCAAGUGUUGAAGUCAACCAGAGAUGCUGAAGUAGCAGAGAGCGAGCUCGAUGAGUGGUCGUCGAUGGAGAUUGUCAAGAUCAUCUAUAAAAAUGUUCCAGAAAGUCUUCAUAUUCCAGCGAAUGGGGGCAUUUUGCAAAUUCUCAGAAAGUUGGAGGGGGAAGACAAAGUGGUCGAGAACUCGAAGAAUGGCAGAUGGAGUGUCAAGAACCGUGCUACCUUGUAGACAAGUAGGUAGGCUGACUUGUUGGGUAAGCUAGCUGGCAAACCAUCUCAAUUGGAGCAGUUUGUCCGCAUUCCUGGGCGGUUCGAGGUUCUAUGAACGCUUUGCUGGCGGUGUACAAAAUAAGGCAGUGUUUCUUUCGCACAUGCAACGACUAUGCGUCAUUGGUGGGCGCAUAGUUAAGGCAAGCGGCAAUAUCCCAGAAAGCCUCAAACGACCACAUCAAUUAUACGAACAUCUUUUGAAACUUUUCACUAUUCCGAGUAUGAAACCGAGUACUUGUUCUCACUAUAAGGACUUAUUUAUUAUAUACUCUGAAGCCAACAAGUAUGAGAAAUCACAGCAAUUUCAUAGGUGGACAGAGAACAAUUUCUUACUUAUUAUAUUGCCGAGUCGCAUGCAUAGACAGAACCCAAGUCAUUAUGGC